CAGUGAGAAAUUAAGAGAGAGAGGGAGUGAGGGAGAGAGAACGUGGGAGGGAAAGACCGAGAUAGAGAGUGUGUGAGAGGAAAACAGGGAGAGAGAGCGAGAAAGGGACUACGCAAGAAAGACUGAUGCUGAGGUAAGCCGGCGCUGCGCUGCUCUCUCUCUCUCUCUCACACACACACACACACACACACACACACACAAACAGUCUUUGCAUCACGCGUACUCUCACAUCACACUCCCAAGCUGCUUAACAGGCAGGAAAAAACACUGAGUCUGACUGAGUCUGCAGCCUGUUACUGCAGGACAGAACAGAGGACAGCAAGACGUAGAAGACCAGAGGAGAGCAGGAGGGUGAAACCUUCUUCGCUGCCUUGCCUCAGAGCAACAGUUCCACCACUGUCAUCUCAGGAGCUCCAGGGCUCCAGGGAGCUUUUUAAAGGUAUCCCCCCCCCCAAAAGAAGGGGGGUGGAGGCAGCAAGGGCAGGAGCAAGGGCAAGUGUAGCCUCUCCUGGUGGGUGGCGUGGAUGUCCUCUCAACGUCCCCAUGAAAACAGGCGGGAAUCGAGGCGUAUUCUGGGGUACAAGAUGGCACGACGAGCAGGGGGCGAAGCCUCUCCAAAAAAGAACACAUCCCUCAACCUGGUGACAGGGUUCUACCACUACCUCCGCGAUGAGCAGGAGGCGGUGCAGAAAAGGACAUUCACGAAAUGGAUCAAUUCCCACUUGGCAAAGCAUGUCCCGCCUCUGGUGGUGACAGACCUGUUUGAAGACAUCAAGGAUGGUGUGAUGCUGCUGGCCCUGCUGGAAGUCCUCUCUGGACAGAAACUGCCAUGUGAGCAGGGCAAGAAGCUAAAGAGGAUCCACUGGGUUGCCAACAUCGGCACAGCUCUCAACUUCCUUGAGGGUAGGAAGUCGGCCUACAGAGGAUCUCCGAUCAAGCUAGUCAACAUCAACUCCACAGACAUUGUUGAUGGACGACCGGCAAUUGUACUGGGGUUGGUGUGGACAAUCAUCCUCUAUUUCCAGAUUGAGGAGCUAACCAGUAGCCUACCAGCACUCCAGGCCUUGUCCAGCAGCACCUCCUCAAUGGACAGCUCCACCAGCAGCACUGAGACCACCAGCCCACCUGUGAAAAGGAAACCCCUCCCACCUCAGGGUGGAGCCAGAAAGGCAUUACUGAGAUGGGUUCAGCAGACAGCUACCAAACGCUUGGGACUUGAGGUGAAGGACUUUGGCCCCAGCUGGCGCACAGGUUUAGCAUUCUUUGCAGUCAUCCAUUCCCUCCGACCCAAUCUAGUUGACAUGGAGCGCGUAUGGGGGAGGCCCAACCGUGAAAAUCUGCAGGAGGCCUUUUGUGUGGCUGAGACUGAGUUAGGCAUCCCACAGCUUCUUGACCCUGAAGAUGUUGAUGUAGACACGCCGGACGAGAAAUCCAUUAUGACGUACGUAGCCCAGUUCCUGAAGCAUCAUCCCGACCGAAAGCAGAGCGACUCAGACGGACAGACAGAAGAAGAAGAGAGAGAGCAGCGAAAGAGCCUGAGGGAGCUCAAAAUGUGGCUCGACCAGCUGGAGAGAGACGCGAUACAGGCUCAGGAGACUGAGGGCAAUCUCGCUCAGCAGUACCAGUUGUUCAAGAGUCUACGCGUCCAGUUGGAGAUGAGGAGGAAGCAGGUGGAGGGAGCUCUGCAGUCCACUCAGAGAGACGGGAUGCUGACUGUGGACCAGGCUCUGGUCAAACAAGCCUGGGAAAGGGUCUCCAACAGGCUCCUGGACUGGCACCUGCAGCUGGACAGGUCUCUACCAGCUCCCCUCAACAUGGUGGGGGCGUGGCUGCACGAAGCCGAAGGAGCCCUGCGACAAGAGAUCAUCAUCCAGCAAGCACAUGACGUGACAGCUAACAGUGUCCACAGAGCUCUGGAGCAGCACAAGGAUGUGUUAAGGAGUCUGGAAAGUCACCAGCAGGUCUUUCAGAGGAUCCAUAAGGACAGAAGUGUUGAUGGAGUCCCUGUUCCUCCAGACCAACUCCAAGACAUGGCUGAGAGGAUGAACUUUGUCUCUACAUCUUCUAGUAUCCACCUUGCUAAGAUGGAAUUCUUGGAGAAUAAACACCAUAUGCAGGCCUUCCUCACUUUAGCCGAGUCCAAGCUCAAAUCCUGGAUCAUCAAAUACAGCCGACAAGAGACUGUGGAACUGAUGCUUCACAACUAUGUCUCAUUUGUGGAGAAGCAGCAUUUCUUUGAAAAUUACGAGGUGUUGUUCCAGUCCCUGAAACAGUCUGCUGAGGCCUAUGUCAACGCUGACAGCUCAGUGGAUGAGGGCGAGAUGGGAGUGCGCAGGUUCAUGCGAGAGGUGGUGACUCAGUGGAGAAGUCUGUCCAUGGAGGUGCGCAGUGUGAGGAGCAUGCUGGAGGAGGUGCUAUCCAACUGGGAGAGGUACAGCUCCACUGUGGCCUCCUUACAGGCCUGGCUGGAGGAUGCGGAGGAAGCCCUGAGCCAGCCAGAAAACACUAAACGGGAGUUUUUCAGGAAUCUCAGCCACUGGAUGGAUCAGCACGCAACCAUGAACGACGCCGGGAAUUUUCUAAUUGAAACAUGUGAUGAGACUGUGUCACUUGAUCUCAAGCAGCAGCUGCUUCUUUUGAAUGGACGAUGGAGAGACCUCUUCCUCAAAGUGAAACAAUAUGCCAGAGCAGAUGAAUUGGAGAAGUGGAGAAAAGACCACUUGAAGGCUGUGUCGGCCCUGAAAGAGCUGCUGGACUCAGCAGAGGCCACAGUCAGUGCUCCUGUUCAAGUAACUUUCCUGAAUGUCAGAGCCUUUCUGCAGGAUGUAGAGAGUACUAAGCAAAAGGUUGUUGCCAUGGAGACACAAUACAAGUUGGCUGCCCGCAGUGCUCAGCUCCUUGCCAAGGAUGCACCGCAGGAUGAGGCUGCCAGGGUCAUGGCAACUGUGGCAACAGCCAAGAGUCAGCUGAGUAAGGUGAGAGAGCGAUGUCCCUCCCUUGUGAGGGAGUGUCAUGUCCUUCUGCCACUGUUGGAGGAGAUGGAGAAACACAUCACUGCUUUUUACCAAGCCCUGGAGCGAGCCAGUCGCAUCACUUCUUCAGCAAGAGACCCAGACUCGCAGGCACAGACCCAGCACAAACCAAAGUGGCAGGAUUUAUUAAACCAGCAGCAAAUCUGUAAACGAUGUCUGUCAGUGAUUGAGAGGAACCACCACACUCUGCAGAGGUCGCUCUCCACCAGUAAGGUGAUCCGAAACUUUGACCUGUCACUGCUGCACAAGAGAGUGGCUGAGAUACAGGGCUCAGCACAGGCUUUGCUAAAGGAGGUUGGGGAAUGGAGAAGGCAGGAAGAGGCCAACAACUGCCUGAGGAGGAGGUUCGAGGAAUCGCGACAAGAGCUGGAGAGGGUGCUGAAGAAAGCUCAGGGCUGCUUGAGAGAGACUGGAGAUGCUGAGGAACUACUGAGGAGACAUACUGAUUUUUUCGGCCAACUGGAUCAGCGGGUGCUGAGUGUGUUCUUGAAGGCGUGUGAUGAGCUGACUGACAUCCUACCACAGGAGGAACAACAGGGGCUGCAGGAGACCGUCCGCAGGCUGCACAAACAGUGGAAGGACAUCCAGGGUGAGGUACCAUCUCACCUGCUCCGACUGAAGGUGGAUUUGGAGCAAAGCCGAGUGGCUGUGAUCCUACAAGACAGCAGAGCAGAGCUGGCCAGAGAAAUGCAAGCACUGUCUGGCACCUGCACCAGCGAGCGUGUGAUCAAAGAACACAGAACUUUCUUCAGAGAACGCAAACCUCUGACUUUGUGUGAGAAGAGGAUUAGGAACAUGGAGGAUCUGUGUCACAAGUUGCCUGAUAACGACCCGGCUUAUCAAAUGCUAGACUCCACCAGAAGAGCAGUAGGAGAGGUUACAGAGCAAAUUAAGAGCACCCACCUCAAGCUGGAGCAGCACCCUGAUAAAUGGAGAGAGUGGAACGAGAGGUUCUGUGAACUAUCUGAUUGGCUCUCAUCUCAGAGGAGGCAGGUGAGGCUCUUGAGAGAGACCGCAAGAAGUUCCAGCCAUCAGGAGCAAGUGGAUGCUGCUGUUCAGGCACUUCAGGAAGCAGUAGAUGCCCGUGAGGAGAGCUUAUUGUGGCUUAAAAGGCGUCUUACUGGGCUGUCUGAGGUUAGCUCUGAAGUGGAGGUCCAGAGACAGAGAACAGCUUUGGCCAAACUCUCAACUGACCUGCGGGCACUGUUUUCUUCACUCUGUCAGUGGGGUGAAGAGAGCUCUGCCAUGUUCCAGUACGAGGAGCUGAGGGAAGAGGUGCAAGGUGCUCUGGAGGAGGUUCUGAGGGCGCGAAAGGAGGCAGAGGAGCAGACCAACAGGAUCCUUGAUGCUGAGGGCCUGGAGGAGGCCAAACAACUUUACCUCAUUCACCAGCAACACCUGAAACGCCUGCAUGUUAACAGGAGAGAGGCAGAGCUUCUAGUGUCCCACUGCCGCCAGCUGCAGAAGGGGGAGGUACUCAGUCAGUCUCUACAGGAGCUGGAGGGAGCUUUCACAGAGGUCGACCACAAAUCAGGGGUGGAAGAGCACAACCUGCAGGCCACUCUGAGCUCCUGGCAGAACUUUGAAGCAGAGAGAGAAUUGGUUUGGAGGUUUAUCAGCAACACCAACAAUGAGCUACACAAAGAACUUAUUUUCAACAGCCUGGACAGCCUGAGAAGUGAACUGGAGCACAAUAAGGAGCUCCUCACAAGGGUUGAGGAAUGUUGUGCGAGAGCAGAUCUCCUCGUGGAGAAGGCAGCAGACAUUCAGCUUGGUCCAAAGAAUCAGACUCUUCUCGUACAGCAGGCCCAGUCCAACAGAGAAGCAGUCACCCAACUUCAAGACCACCUCAACAAGAACAUUGUCCAGCUGGAGAUGAUGUGCAUGUGGUGGGAGCGCUUCAGCAGCGAAGCAGAGACCCUCUCCUCUUGGAUCAAUGAGAAAGAAAAGGAGCUUGAGGCCAUUAACACCACCUCCUCCUUGGAUCCUUUAGACAAAAAUAUCAGCACAGUGGAGGAGGUGGCGAAGGGUUUAGAGGAGAGACGGGCAGCCGUGACCCACAUGGAGGCGGACUGCGAGGCCCUGUCAAGGUUUGUGACCCCUGGAGAAGCUGGACGUAUCCGGGCACGACUUACUCAGACGAGGCGCUACUUUGAAGAGUUGAAGGGGAGAGUGGAGCAGCUGGGAGGACAGCUCAACCAGAGCGCCUCCUACAGGCAGAGAUACAAUGAUAACCUUGAACAGGUCAAGAAAACAAUGAGUGGUAUUAAAGAGAAACUUGACUGUCCGAUUGCGUACUGUUCAUCGUCAUCUGAGACCUACAAAAUCCUCCAGAAUCACAUGGAGGUCUGCCAGGCUGUUGAGCAGCUGAAGCCGCGGCUGAUGGCUCUGUGUUCGGCAAUGAAGAGACUUGGAGAGGGCAGCCAGCUGGAGGAAGAGGUGGCUAACCUCCAGAAGCAACAGGGAGAGUUUCUGGGAAAGGCUGCAGAAAAACAAGCUACAUUAGAGAGCCUUCUAGCACUGUGGCAAAGAUUUGAGAAGGAGAAUUCGUCCAUGAAAAGCUGGCUGGACAGGUGUGAGUCAGUUUGCUGUCCAGACACCAAACUGCUCUCUGCAGAUAAAGUAAAGCUUAGGAAUGAACUUCAAAAUGUACAGGAAAUGCAGGGGGAGACGGCAUCCUACGAGGUUCUUCUUCAGGGUCUUGUGAAUCUUGGAUUGUGUCUGUAUUCCACAGCACCUGAAGCUCGAAUCCAAGAGCUCAGUGAUGAUCUCACGCAGCUGCAGGAGAGAUUCACUUCUGCAAAGAGCAGCAUAUCACACAGGUUUGAGCUGCUUCAGUUGCAGUUGUCACAGCUGGAGUUGUUUGAUCAGGCACUACUGACUCUGACCCAAAGGAGUGAAAACUUCCUGUCUGUCUUGAGAAGCUCUUCCCAGGUUGAUAUUGCUGAUCUUGAGGCUGCAAUUACAAAGCUGAAGGAGCAUGAGGUGCAACUACAGGCAUAUGCAUCGCUGAGAGAGACGCUCCAUCAAAGAGAGUCCUCCCUGCUUUGUUGUUCUACCCCGGAGGCCCAACAGCAGCUGCAGGGCUGGAAGGAGGACUGCCUGCAGCCCCUCAGAGAAUCCCAGCGUCUCCUGCUCCUCCGUAAAGAGUGCCUGACUGAGUUAAACACGUUCCUUGAGAAGCAUGGAGCGGCAGCUAAGGCUGUGCACCGCCUUCACGAGGCCGUGGAGGGCAGGGGGAGCUGGGACCGCUCCAAAGCCGAGGAGCUGCAUCACGGAAUAGGGGAAGUGGCUAAAGACGUGGCCCGGCUCGAGGCUGAGGCGGUGGGGCUGGAUGGACAGCUGAGCAAGGCACACCUGCACCUGUGCGGGGCAGAGUGGCGGGGCUCCAGAGACACGAGCCAUCCUCAGGGAAGAACGUCGUGCAGAGGACAGGCAGUGGCCUUAACAAUGGCUCUGGAGGAAGUACAGAGGGGUGUUGGAUGGAGGCAGAGUGAAGCAGAUGCUUUAGGUGCCCUGUGGAGCUCCUUCAGGGAGAGGAGGGAGGAAGUGAUGAAGAAUUUGAAGAAACUGGAGGAUGAAGUGAGACAGGAGGCGGCCAGAGAGAGCUCUGUACAGGCCUUUCAGAACAGGCUGCGUUUCUUUGUCCAGCUGGAGGAUGAGCUCCAGUCCCUGCAGCACUCUCAGCAGUGGUUAGAGGAGAAGGGAAGCCAGCUGGCCCAGAGAGACAGUGAGCUGGCUGGGGAGGCUCUCAGGGAGGUAGCCCUGGUGAAGACAGCCUGGGAGAACGUCAGGACUCUGAUCACCAACGGUCAGGAGCAGAGUGGAGUUGUGGUAAAUCUUCUCCGUCAGUUUCACCACCUGAAGUCGAUCCUCAGCACUGUUGUGGAGAGUGCUCAGGGUGUGGCUCACAGUCUGCCUGACCACAAUCAUAAUGCUCAGGAGGCCAAAAGGACUUUUACACGGCAUGAGACUGUCCAUGUGGAGCUGAGAGAAAAACAGGAAGACAUGGACCAGCUCAUCACUACAGUUGAAGACCUGCAGAGAGAGCUGGACAGGGUUCCCAACUCUGAUACAUGCUCCAUCCAGAGAGACAUGGAGACAUUAAGAGACCAGUGGCUGGAGGUCUCAGAGAGAAUACAAACCAACACAGAGAGACUCAGCUACUGUGUGGCACUGUGGGACGACCUCAAAACCAUGGAGCAGGACAUCAACCAGUGGUCCCCCACCUCCAUCGCUGACCUCACAGACAGCGUCACCAAUCUGAGUGAUAAGGAGAAGACAGAGGCCCAGCUCGCCACCUUUCAGGCUGAGGUUGAGAGGAGGGAGCAGAAGCUGGAUGCUCUGCAGGAAAGAGUGACAGAGCUGAAGGAGCGAGCCAAAUUGCAGGAAACCCCGUUACAGAUGCAGGUCCUGGAGUCAGACCUGAGGAAGAAACUGGCCCAUGCGCAGGAGGUGUACAACCAGGCCAAACACACUCUGACCUACUUCAGUUUCCAAAAGCAGCGACUUGAGGACCUCAUGUCCCAGAUGGCCGAGCGGCUGGAGGCCAUUGAAGGUUCCUUAUCUGACCUCACCGAAGCUACUUCCCCUGAAGAUAUUGGCACUGUCAAGGAUCUGCAGAGCAUUGUGCAGCAACAGAGGGCAGACAUGGACUCGGCCAGAGAUGCCCUGACCGCCCUGUGCAGGUCGCAUCCCUCUCAGGAGCUGUCAAGCCUCUCCUCUGACCUCACCUCCAUUGCCAAGCGAACAGAGGCUGUUGCUCAGCGCUGUGCCAAGACCAGGGGCAGCCUGCAGGAUGGGCUACAGCUUCACUUUAACGAGCUCGUCCAAGACUUCCACUCCUGGCUUGCAGAUCUAAAGUUGGAGCUGAAAGAUUGUUCAAACCAGUCAGGAGAUGUUGUCAUCCUUGGAGCCAAGUUACAAAGAUUGAAGGUGUUGGUCGACCAGACGUCAGAGGGUGAGGAGCGUCUCUCUCAGGUUCGUGCAGAGGCGGAGAGCCUCCAACUCCACCUGUCCAAAGCUGGAGCAGCACAGGUCCAAGAGCAUCUCUCCUCCUGUCAGAGAGAGUGGAGGAACUACCUGGACAGCUGUUCUCAGAGCCAACAAGAUUUGGAAGAAAGUAUUGGCCUUCUGAAAAACUUUGAUGAUUGUGUGGAAGGUAUAAGAGACUGGCUGAAACAGAUGGAGCUCAGCCUCAAGAGUGAGCCUAUUCUUGGGGCAGAGAGCCAGCAAGGAACCCCCGACACCACAGAAGAGCUGGAGAAGAUGGAAAACCUCCAUAAGGAACUGCUAGCAAGGAGGGACUCUAUUGAGCGUGUCUGCCAGGAGGCCCAGUCUCUGUCUGAAGCGGGACGGGGGUCAGGAGGAGAGGUCAGAGUGACAGGCCAGCUCCAGAUGGAGCACCAAGCCCUACUGAAGGCAGCCAGGGAGAGGCUGCGAGGCUGCCAGGAGAGUCAGGCCUUUGGGGAGACCCUUCAGGGAGUUUGGGCCUGGCUGGAGGAGAUCCAGGAGAGACUGGGUACAGUAGACAGCACGAUGGGGACCAAAGAGCAGUUAGAGCAGAGGCUGGAGACUGUGCAGGACAUCCUCCUUUUGAAGGGUGAGGGGGAAGUCAAACUCAACAUGGCGAUGGGUAAGGGUGAGUUGGCCCUACGCAGCUAUGGGGCCGCUGGACAGGAAGUGGUCCGCUCUCAGCUUCAGGAAGUGGAAGAUGCUUGGGCCACGCUGCUCGUGACUGCCAUGAGCUGCCACAGUCGACUGGAGUGGACCGUGUCACAGUGGGGAGGAUACCUUGACAGUGCUGCCCAGCUGCGGUGCUGGAUGGAGGCUGUGGAGCGGGAGGUGUGUGCCCCUCUCACCCCGCAGCCCGGGCCCAGAGAAAAGGCCUCUCAGCUAGAGAGACUUAGAGCCCUACUGGCUGACCUGGAAGACCACCAGGUGGCACUGUCUAGCCUGGAGGAGAAAGCCAGAGAACUUUUCAAGAAGACUGGUGAUGCCAGCUUUAACCAUGGAGCUCGAACCCAGCUGCAGGCGCAGUUUGAUGACCUUACAGCUUUGGUGGAGGAGAGAGUACGUCUUGCACAGGCUGUAGUGUUGGAGCACCAGGAAUACCUGGAAGCUGUGAGGGAGCUCACCGACUGGCUGAUGACUGCAGGAGAGGAGCUACAGCAUUGGUCAGAUACAUCAGGAGACUCUACCUCCAUCAAAAAGAAACUGUCAGAAGUGAGGGAGCGUGUGGAGUGUCGGUUACUGGAAGGCCGAGAGCGCCUCAGCCGGGUGCGUCGUAGUGCGGCAACCACGGCGGAGCACACGGCGGCAGGAGGCUGCGAGGCCAUGGACAGACAGCUGGGGGCGCUCUCUCAAGCUCUGGAGCAGUGGGAGGGGGCCGCUCUGAGGGCCAGGGACGGACUGGAGGGGGCCCUGGCAGCCGCCGCGGCUUCAGAAGAGGAAUACAACCGUCUGACCGCUCGGCUGGAGGACGAGUUGAAAGAGCUGGACGGACGGCUGAGGGGGUGGAGCCAGGAGUUGAUUAAAGCUGAAGGGCGGAGCAACGGCGAGGAAGCAGUUGAAGGAUGGCAGCUGGCUAAGGAUAUACUGGAAGGCUUGCAGAGCGCAGAGCCGAUGGCAGAGAAGUUGAAAGGCCAACUCAACGACCUGGUGCGAUACUCCAGAGACCUGGGCUCACAAUCAGACCGGGUCACCGCAGUCAUCAAACAGCACAACAGCCUUAGUCUUCGUGCGUCCAGAGAGUGUCAGAACAAGGAGCGCUUGUUGGAGCAGAGGUUCCGCACAGCCCUGAGAGACUUCCAGCAGUGGUUGGUCAAUGCCAAAAUCAGCACCGCCAAAUGCUUUGAUGUGCCACAGAGUGUCGCAGAGGCCUCCACCGCUCUGCAGAGGAUCCAAGAAUUCUUGAAUGACAGGGAGCAUGGCCAGGCCAGGCUGAGUACAGUAGGAGCCAGUGGGGAGCUGUUGAUGGCUGUUGUGUCCAGAGACAGGGUGGAGGGGAUCAAGGCCAAAGUGGCAAAUGCGAGAGACGACUGGAAGAGCCUGAUGAAUAACCUGCAGAUGAGGGAGGAUGCACUCAAGAACCUGCAGUCCCAAAUGACGGAGUUUGAGGCCAGUGCUGAGCCUCUGCAGGACUGGCUGAACAGCACAGAGGUCAGAGUUCAGGAGAGCAGUGCUCGGCUACACGACCUUCCAGCCAAGAAACAGGAACUCAGCAAACUACAGUGUGUACUGGAAGAGAUAGCCAGUCGGGAGACAGAGUUGGGCAGGCUGAGGGAAAGAGCUCAUCGUCUCUGGGAGGGACAAGCAGCUGGCAAGGGCUUCGUCCACCGUGUUUCCCAGCUGUCAGCACAGUACCUAGCCCUCAGCAACUUAACCAAGGACAAGGCCUCCAGGAUUGAACGUAUCGUAGGGGAACACCGCCUCUUCUCUCAGGGUCUUAAAGAGCUGCAGGACUGGGUAUGUGAAGCUCAGAGGGUCCUCAACACCUGCAUCUCCACCACCACUGACAAAGGCGUGUUGGAGGACCGGAUGCUACAGCUGGAAGCCUUACUCGCUGCCCGUCAGGAGAGGGAGAUCCAGCUAAAAAUGCUGCUGACGCGGGGGGAAGCAGUCCAGAGAAACACUUCGGCUGACGGCGUCCCAGUUAUUCGCAAACAGAUCCAGGACCUCAAGGACUCAUGGGAUUCCCUUCUUUCUGCCUCCAUUCAGUGUAAAAGUCAACUGGAGGGUGCUCUGUCACAAUGGACCAGCUAUCAGGAGGACGUGGGUCAGUUUGUGCUGUGGAUGGACCGCGUGGAGGAGACGCUAAGCUGCUCAGACAGACAGUACUCUGAGAUGAGAGACAAGACCGCUAACCUGGGAAAGACCAAGCUUCUCUAUGAAGAGGUAUUGAGUCACAGCAGUCCUCUGGAGACCAUUGCCACAAAGGGGUCCAACAUGGCUGAACACUACACUACUCAGCAGGAGGUGCAGCAGCUGCAGUGUAGAUACAACACUCUCAAAGAAAAGGCCAAGAAUGCUGUCAGUAAGGCCAAGGGACUGGUGCUGGUCCAUCAGGAAUAUCAAAGGGGAUUACAUGUGUUUGAGGACUGGCUGGAGCAGGAACAGGCUACUCUGGCCUCCUUGUCCCAUCCAGAGGGAAACGUGGAUACGCUAGAGAAGACACUGAAACAGCUACAGCUCCUGCAGGAUCGCUGCUCAAACGGCCAGUCUUUGCUCUCCUCUGUGCUGACCAGCAGAGAGAGAGUAAUCCCUUGGGGUAUACCGCAGAUUGAAGAUCGAGCCCUGGACACCGCCCAGAGAGAGUGGGGGGCCUACCAGGGUCGCCUAGAAGAGACUCAGACCCAGCUGAGCUCCACGCUCACCAGACUGAAGCAGAUGGGCCAAAGGUUCCUGAGCCUGGCCCAGUGGCUGGAGGAGAUGGAAAAGGUGGCAAACAUCAGACGUCAUCGGAGGUCAGACAGAGCUACCAAGGAGACUCAGCUGAAAAAACUCCAGGGCUGUCUUGAGGCAGUUCUUGCACGGCAGGGAGAAGUGGAUGGGCUCUCCUCUCUGGCCCAGCAGGUUCUGGAAGAAACCUACAUCAGUAGUCGUGUUAGUGUCACUGCCACCCAGCUCACUGCCCGCUACCAUUCCCUGCUGCUCAACAUACAGGACACCAUCAAGCAGCUACAAGAGGAGGUGAAGAGUAUUGAAGAGGCAGAAAACCUUUGCAUGUCAUUCACUGACUGGCUCAGCUCGACUCAGAAAAGCUUCUCGGUGUUAACUGAUAGUUCUGAACCUCUGGACCGGGUGGCCAUGGAGAAGAAGAUGAAGAAACUAGAGACUCUCCAGUCUGAGCUCCAACAUGGCCACAGUUUCCUGAAAUCCCUGAGGGAGCGGGCAGAACAGGCAGCUGGCUUCCUGGACGAGGCUGGAGCUGAGAGUUUGGGAGGGGAGGUGGAGGCUCGUCUUUCCCAGUUGGAGGAGCUUGCAGGUGGACUGAGGCAGGAGCACAGCUUUCUAGAGCGGGCACUACUUUUAGCUAAGGAGUUCCAGGACCGGUACAAGGCUCAGGCUCAGUGGUUGGUGGAGACCCGAGCUUUGCUCAACACUCCCGUGGAGCCCAAGGCUGAACUGUACCAACGGAGAGCACAGCUGGCUAAGUAUAAGGCUCUGUUGCAGAUGGUUCAGUCCCAUGAUGGAUCCAUCAGGUCAGUGGUGGAGAAGGGAGACGCUCUGCUGGCUUCAGUCCACUACCCCUCCAUCAGAGACAAGAUGAACAGACUGCAAAGGGACUACACUGAACUCUGUAAAAGAGCCAUGGCUCAUGUGGAGAAUUUGGAAGGCCAGGUGAAGGAACAGGAAGCUUACCACAAUGAACUCCAGGAGGUGGAGCGCUGGCUGCUCCAGAUGUCCAGCAGGAUGGUGACACCUGAUCCCACUGUGGGCGGCAACCUGGAGGCAGCCACUCAACAGCUGGCCAGGCACAAGGCCAUCAUGGAAGAAAUAGCGGGUUUUGAGGAUCGCUUGGCAGGCCUGAAGGAGCGUGGCGACCACCUGGUACAAGGCUGCAGUGACCGUGUGCAGAGCAGGCUGAGACAGCAGGUCCAGGCUCACCAGCAAGGCACCAGAGACAGCUACUCUGCCAUCUGUAGCACAGCACAGAGAGUGUAUCAGAGUCUGGACCAUGAGUUACAGAGACAUGUCAGUCUCCAAGACACACUGCAGCAGUGCCAGACCUGGCUGACCUCUGUUUCAGAUGAACCGGAGCCUCCUGCACAUCCCCCUCUCAGCCUGGAGGAGGCGCUACAGCAGGUCAGUAAGUGCAAACAGGAGCGAACUCUCCAGGAACAGGCCAGCACUUACCUCCAGCUUGUGUGCUCAACCUGUGACCUGUCAGAGCCGAGGGUCAGGGAGACUGCAGCAGCUAUCCAGCAGGUCAAACUGCAGAAUGAGGAGCGUAUGAUGCUUUGUGAGGAGGUGGCAGACAGCUGGAGGGACAUUGAGGAGCAGAAGGCAGAUCUGGAAGUCCAUCUGAGAGAGACAGAGCAGCAACUUCAGAACCUCAUUAGGAGACCUGCGGAGCUGGAGCCCAAGAUUGCGCAAAACCAGCUGGACAAGGCACAGGAGUUUCUCCAGCAGAUUAAGGAGAGACAGUCUGAGGUAACCCAUUUGAAUGAAGCCAUUGGUAGGCUGACAGAUGGACAGGUCUCUCCUGCCCUGGAGGAGAUAAGGAGACUUAGGAGAAGCUGGAUGGACCUGGGCCAGCGGGCAGAAGAGCUGGAGGCUCAGCGGGGGGAGGACAUGCAGCGAAGCGGGGAAUACCAAGAGAGUGUGGUCGCUGUGGAGGAACUCUUCCACCAAGUGUCCAGGGAAUGGGACUACCUUGCCAGGGCUGACACAGAAAGUACAAGUGAGCAUCUAGAAGCUCUAAGGAAGCUGUCUAGUGAUCUGGAGGAGCAGAGAGCAACUCUAGAAGACCUCAGAGACCAGAGACAAGCUAUUCUGCCUCGACUCAGCCUGCUAGACAAAGAGCUUGUCAAACAACAGGUGGGUCACCUGGAGCAGCGCUGGGCCCAGCUCGAAACCCUGAUUCAGCAGAAGAUCCAGGACUCUGCACAGACACUGGAAGAUCUGGCUCGUGUGGAAACCCAGCUGAGGGAUGCCCGAGAGUGGGUGGAGGAGCAGCGGCCCGCGCUUACCUCUGCACUGAAAACCAGCCCACCCCCUGAUCUGGCCCAGAGUUUUCUGUUUGACCACCUGAGCGUGUGUGUGGAACUUGAGGCCCGUCAGCAGCUGCUGGGUCAGGCAGUGAGCGAAGCCCAGGCUGUGGCUUCCAGGCUGGGGUUGAGUGAGAAGAGAUGCCUUCAAGGGCUUGUUGAACAAGCCCAGACUGAGGUGGAGGCUCUGGGGGCUCGGGUGACCCAAAGGAGAAAGUACCUCAGUAAGGCCUUCACAGAGAGGACACAGUUCUUACAAGGCUUGGGUAGAGCACUGUCUUGGGUACAGCAACAGGAGAGGAAGGCUUUGAUAGACGACCACAUAGCGCUUCUCCCUGAGGACCUGGCCAAACAAGUUGCUGCAUGUCGAGGCGUCCAGAGCGGCCUGAGAGCCUACCAGAGGGAGCUGGCCUCUCUUUGGGUACAAGGGCGAGAGCUGGAGAGAGACGCCACUGAAAAAGAAAGAGCAGAAACCCUGGCGAGACUUGAGGAGCUACAGUCGGUCUUUGAAACCGCCCUCCAGAGGACCACUCAGCGUCUCACAGACCUGGAGAAAGCCUUAACUUCUAGGAAGUACUUUCAGGUCGACCUGGACAAGACCUGCCACUGGUUGAGGCGAGCAGAUGCCAUCACUUUCCCUGAAAUCAAUUUAAACAACGUUGAAGACAACUCAGAACUGCAAACACAAUUGUCGAACUUUCAAAAUGUCCUAGAACAAGCUUCAGAAUAUGAGAACCUCCUUCUUAUUGUCCAAAGAAUAGGCCAGGAGAUCCUCCGGACUCUGAAUGAGAUUGACCACUGCUAUCUAGAUGAGAGGCUUAAUGCCCUGCCUCAGCAGUACAACGCCAUCCUAGCUCUAGCCAAAGAGAAAAAAGACAGAGUCCAACAAAUAAUCCUAGAGAGAAAAGAGUUCAGCACUUUCUUUGAUAUCACUCGUAAUGCACUGGAGGAGCUUCAGGAGCAGUUUGACAAUCUGGAGAAGCAGACUAUCAGUAUGAGAGAGGAGGAAGUUGUUUGUCUAAUUAAUGAAUAUAGAAAUAUUAAUGAAAGUUUAUUCCACAUAAGCCCUGCUGUGAGAGAACUUCAGGGCAAAAAUGAAGGGUUCCUCUGUCGAGGUCAGCAAUACAGAGCUGAAGAGACGCAGCAGCUGAUCAGCCUCCACAACACACUGAAGCAGAGAAAUGAUCAGAAAAUCAAACACUUAGACAACUGCUUAAAAACAAUAGUUGAACACAAUAAAGUACUAAGCAGCUUGGACUCAGAGUUAAAGUCCGUUAAAGAAAAGCUGGUCAGACUUAAGUCAGACAAAGAUGUAGGUGUCAUAGAUACAAUCACAAGUCUUUAUUCAUUGCUAGAAAGACUGGAUGGUGUGAGCUCUCAGACUGAAGAAUGUAACCGACAAACUGAAGGCCUUGAUCUGAAGUUUGAACCCGCUGCCUUUCAGGAAGCUACACUGCAGCUAGAAUCAUUGCAGUCUUUAUGGCUUGAAGUAAAACAUUUUGUCGAAGAAAGUGAAACGGAAGUUGCCAAAAAUGAGGAUUUCACAAGAGAGACUGAGAAAAUGCUGCAGUGUCUGAGGACUAUCAAAGACAAAUUCGAAGAGCCUUUGACCCUUUCAGAGGUCAGAGUCCAGAGGGUACAGGAGGAAGUACGCAGACUGAAAAUCGAGGAGGAGGAAGUGAGAAGUAGACUGAGGAUGGCAGAUGCAUUGGGUAGCAGAGAAAGGCAAAGGUAUUGUAGUAGAAGGGAAACUGUUCCUGUCCAUGUUGAAGAGAAACUGCAGGAGCUGGCAAAGCUGGGAGCUGAAGUUCAAGAGGAAAUUAGUAAGAAACAGCUGGCUCUGGAUAAGGCUCUUUCCCUGGUCCAGAGGCACCACAUAUCUCUACAGUCCAUGCAGAAAUGGCUGGACUCUGCCUCGGCUUUUCUCCAGAGGGCCAGCUCAGGGGUGGAGCUCGACAGCCAGACAGAUUGCGUGCGGGACCUGGAAGAGAUUUCAGCCCAGGAAAAGAGCUUCACAGCUGGUGUAGACGAGCUGAGGACUUUGGAUCCUUUGCUGGUGGAUUUAAUGGAACUGGGAGUAAUGAGUGGACUCAGAGAAAAAGUUGAAACAAUGCAGCAGAGAAAGACAGAAGUCAAACAUCAACUGGAUGCUCAUAGAGAGGUGUUGCAUAGGUGUGCAGACCUGUGGAGUUCCUUCCAGUACGAGAGAGAGACACUGGUCGACCAGAUGAACGACGCAGAGAGCAAGAUGGCCAUGUUCACCACAGCUAAAGCUACCAGUAUCCAGCAGGCAGAGGACAAGUGUCAGAGAUACAAGUCUCUGGUGGCUCACAUUGACCUGCUGGAGCUGCCGCUAAAUGCUUUGAAGGAGAAUGCAACGGAGUUAGAGCAGAUCAUCUCUGAGUCCGGGAAAGGUGUCACCAGCCACUCGGUGUCAUCACUAUGGCAACGGUGGACCAGGCUCCGCAGUGUGACCCGAGCCCAGGAGAGGGCGCUGGAGGAUACCGCGAGGGAGUGGAGGAACUUCACAGAGAAGAUGGAGAAAGUUCGUUCUGUGUCCAAAGACCUCCACAGCCGUGUCCCAGACAGCACAGUGGAGAAGGCUGCCACAAGGACGGCACUUCAGAGCCUCCUAGAGUACCAUGACUCCUUCAGCCAGGAGGUGGAGAGGGAGCAGUCCAUCCUAGCCCUGCUUGGGCAACACACCCGCAGCCUCAGAGGGGAGGAGAAGGAGAAGGAGGUGACAGAGAAAAAGACAGAGAAUGGACAUGAGGAGACACCGUGCCUAGAGGAGAUCAGAAGUAUGCAGGAGCAAUACGACAGUCUUGUGUUGCGGGUGCGGGCGAGCAGGGCUCAGGUACACCAGGAGUUGAGGGAGAGAGAGGAGGUUGAGAAGGAGCUGGGGUUGGUCAAAGGAUGGAUCCAAGACACUCGUGGCUUACUACUGAGUCCAACUGCAGACCUGGAUUCACUACUCCAAGAGCUAGAGACUGCACACGGAGAGGUCAUCAGCAGACGCCAAAGUGUGGAGCGCAUGACAGAGCUGCAACAGUCUAAGUACCAGGACCUCCAGGCUGGUCUGCCCUCUGAGCUCAGCAUGCAGCUGGCUGAAGUGGCUCUGGCUCUGGGCUCCGCUGAAGACCAGGUCCAGGCGAGGGAGAGGGAGGUGCAGCAGACCAGGGAUGUGAAAGAGGACUUCAGCUCUCGACUCCAGGACAUCGAGGCAAAGCUGAAGACCAUUGCUCUGAAACUGGAAGACAAGAGUGCCGACCUGGCGGAGGCCAAAGAAGACACCAAAGCUCUUUGUGAGGAGUGUGAGUCCUGUUGUCGCUCUCUGGCAGAGUUAGGAGUAGCAGUGCAAGAGUUUGGUGAGCAGAACCCUCUGCUGUGUAAGCAGCUGGGCGACGCUGUGAGCAAACUGACAGAGGUGCAGCGCCACACCACACAGCAGGUCCAGGACAGAGCCAACAGACUGAAGAAGGCAGAAAGACAGGUGGAGGAGUAUCAGGGUAUGAAGGCGUUCAUUUUGGGCUGGACAGAAAAAGCAGAAGCUCUGGUUACUGGUAAUAUCAUCUGGAGCUCUGCUUCCCAGCUGCAGGAGCAAAUUCGAGCACAUCAGGCGUUACUGCGGGAGUGUCGUGGUCUCCAUGGUGACUUGGAGGCCAUGGGGGAGAGGGAGGGGCAGCUGGGGGAGGUGUUGCAGAUAGAGGGGUGGAGCCAGCAGGUGAAACACCUCAGCAGAUGUACGGAGGAGCUGCAGCAAGCCGCCAAAACUCGCCUCCAGAGUCUGCAGGAUGCGGCAAAGGACAUGCUGCGUCUGGAGGCAGAGGUAAAGAGCCUCCAUGCAGCUGUGGACCAGAUCCAGGUCACACUUGCCUCCCCUGACCUCAACAGGCUCAGCCUCAGAGAGCAGCUCAUACAGAGACAGCGUCUGCUGGUGGAAAUGGAGAGCUUCAAGCAGCAGGUGGCGGCCGUACAGCAGUGUCAGAGCGCCCUCCGGCUACCAGAGGAGGUAGUGGCCAGUCUGCCUAUCUGCCGCACCGCUCAGUCUCUGCAGCAAGAGGCCAGCCAACUGCAGCACACCACCAUCCAGCAGUGCAACAUCCUGCAGGAGGCUGUGGUGCAGUAUGAGCAGUAUGAACAGGAAGUGAAGAACCUCCAGAGAUUAAUAGAAGAGGCCCAUCGCAUCAUUCAGGACCGACCCGUCUCCACCAAUAACAUACAGGAACUUCAGGCUCAAAUACACCACCAUGAGGAGCUGGCCCAGAAGAUCCGUGGCUACCAGGAGCAGAUCGCCUCGCUCCACUCCAAGUGCAAGAUGCUGACGGUGAAGGCCAAACACGCCACCAUGCUGCUGACAGUCAGCGAGGUGGAGGGCCUCUCAGACGGCAUGGAUGAGCUGAGUGAUGAGGAGCUGCCCAGUGCCGUGGCAACCGCCACUGCCGCCGCCACCAAGCAGCUUCCAGCACACCCCUCUGUCGUCAUGAUGACAGCCGGCCGCUGCCACACACUCCUCUCCCCUGUGACGGAGGAGUCAGGGGAGGAGGGCACCAACAGCGAGGUCUCCUCUCCCCCUGCCUGCCGCUCCCCCUCCCCAGGGGCUAACGCUGAUGCUCCUCUUAACCAGGGUCGAGGCACCUUAAGCCGAGCUCCCCUCCAGGAGCUGUAUGACCCCUCCAUGGAGACCAGCGCUGCCAACCUGGACGACCUGCAGAGAUCCUGGGAAACGCUCAAGAAUGUGAUCAGCGAGAAGCAGAAGAGUCUGUAUGAGGCUCUGGAGCGGCAGCAGCACUAUCAGGAGUCCCUCCAGUCCAUUUCCACCAAGAUGGAGUCCAUCGAGGGGGCGCUUAAUGAGGGCCUGGAGCCCAACAAGAGCCCCGAGAGCCAGAUGGCUGCACAUCAGGCUCUGAUGGAUGAGAUCCUGAUGCUGCAGGAUGAGAUUGGUGAGUUACAGACAUGUUUCUCUGAGGAGCUGGCAGACAGCGACAGCGAUGGGGAGCCUGGUGACCAACUGGCGCUCCAGUCAACUCUUACUGUGCUGGGAGAGAGGAUGGCCACCAUUCGAAUGAAGGCUUCAGGAAAAAGGCAGCUACUGGAGGAGAAACUGAGCGAGCAGCUAGAGGAGCAGCGUCAGGAACAGGCGCUACAGCGUUACCACAGCGAGGCUGAGGAGCUCGACCACUGGCUGCUCAGCACUCGUGCCACUCUCAGCUCUGCACUUCAGCCCCAAAAUGAAGACAUGGACAUGGAGGAGCAGCUCAUCGACUGUCAGAACAUGCUGUUUGAGAUCGAGCAGAAGGUGUCGUAUCUAUCGGAGCUGUCCGUCCACAGUGAGAGUUUGCUGCUGGAGGGCCGGGCCGAGACCAAGGGAGAGGCGGAGCAACUCACCCUCAAACUGCACUCGCUCAAAGACAGCCUCCUGGAGCUGCAGCAGAUGCUGCAGGACAAACAGGUUGACAUACAGGGUUCAUUACAGGAGCAGGAGGACAGCGAGCCAGACUCAUCUCUGUCCCAGAGUCCUAAUGUCCAGGAUUGGCUGUCUCAGGCCCGUUCAACACGCACACAGCAACACCACGACAACCUGCUCCGACAGAGGGAGCUGCAGGAGCAAGUAGCUGAACAGAGGAGGCUGCUGAAGUCUGUCGCAAGUGUCGGGGAAGAGUUACUCAGUCAACAGACCACACCCAAUGGAGACAGUGAGGUGUCCAUCCCAGGGGGAGUGUUGCUGGAGACAGAGACCAUGUCUCCUUUGGACCAUCUGAGACAACGCUGGGAAAACCUGAAUAAAGAUCAGAGCACAAAGCUGCAGCUCUCCCUGAACUCCCUGGAGCACGACCAACUUAGUCCGGUCCUCCACCGGUCUCGUCUGUCCAGUCCCAGUAUGGUGUUCAGAGGUGAGUCUGGCAGCCAGGACUCUCAGUCUCCCAGAGCUUUGUUUGAGACAUGCAGCCAGACUCUGGAAAGAAUUGCCCAAGAGGCAGUGGGCGGUGACAGUAAACUGGCUGUGUCUUUUGGGGCGACAGUCCAGCAGGACUUGUAUGCUGCAGUUUCAGCAGCCUCCUCCUGGUUGGAUGCUGCUGAGAAUCAGCUGCUCUCUGGUCCUGUGCUGCUGUCUGAGGAUACAGAGACACAACUCGCUAAUCUUGAGGGUCUGAGUAAACAGCUGAAGGAGAUGACAAGGGAGGUGAACCAGUGUAGAGAUCUGCUGGGUGGAGGAGCAGGCCGGCUCUGUGGAGGAGAGGAGCAAGCUCUGAUGGAGGACACUCUGGAGGGCCUGCAGGAGAGGAUGGGCCUGCUGGACUCCACCCUGGAGCAGCACUGCGACGGCAUGAGGGACAGGCUGCAGGAACACUCAACCUUCCAGAAUGAACUGAGGAUGCUGUUCACAGCUCUGAGUGAAAGUAAACACCAGUUGCUGCAAAAGAUGGCUGGGACUGCAGACAGACCUGCAUCCAAACAGAUAGAGGCAUUAUCGGAGGUGGAGGACAGUCUGAGGGAGUUUGAGCAGAAAGUGACUGAGCUGAAGAGCAGAGCAGAAGGACUCCAAUCUGAACAAAUCUCCAACCAGGAACUACUCAAACUACAGGAUGCUUAUGAGGAGCUGGUGCUGAUGGUGGGCACCAGACGUAGCAGCCUGAACCACGGCUUGUCUCUCAAGGCUCAGUAUGAGGCUGCACUUCAUGACCUCACGGACCUGGUGGACACAGCUCAAGACAAGAUGGCUGCCGACCAGAAGAUGACAGUGGCCUCUGUCAUAGAGGUCCAGAUGUUACUGGACAAACACAAAGAGUUCUUUCAGGGUCUAGAGUGUCAUAUGAUCCUCACACAGACAUUUUACAGUAAAGUGUCUGGUCUGGUGGCACAGAGGGAAAGCCAGGCCCUGGAGGAGACUAUGGCUUUGGCCCACAGUGUGCUCAAACAGGCCCACAGGAGGGGCGUGGAGCUGGAGGGCAUACUGGAGUCAUGGAGCAGACUUGUGGAAGACUACCAAGCUCUGUGUAGACAGCUAGAAGCUGUGGAGUGUAGCAUCCCCACUGUUGGUCUAGUAGAAGAGACAGAGGAUAGGCUCACUGAAAGGAUCAGUCUCUACCAGCGUCUGAAGGCCAGCCUGACGGAGCAUCAGCCCCAGCUGUACCAGGUUCUGGAGGAGGGCAAGAAGCUUCUUCUGUCUGUUGGCUGUUCAGACUUAGAGAAUCAGCUGACUCAACUGGGAGAACACUGGCUCUCCUCCACAACCAAGGUCAACAAGGAGCUGCACCGUCUGGACUCGACGCUCAAACACUGGAGCAGGUACCAGAGUGAGUCGGCAGAGUUGAGCCACUGGUUGCAAUCAGCUCUGGACCGGCUUGAGUUCUGGACAACCCAGUCAGUUACAGUGCCUCAGGAGCUGGAGACUGUCAGAGACCACCUCUAUGCCUUCCUGGAGUUUUCCAAGGAGGUGGAUGCUAAGUCAUCUUUGCGUUCUUCUGUGCUAAGCACGGGCAACCAGCUCCUGCGGUUGAAAAGAGUAGAUACAGCUGGUCUGAGGACAGCGCUCGGCCAAAUCGACACUCAGUGGGCUGAGCUGCUGACUCGUAUUCCUGUCGUACAAGAGAAGCUACACCAGGUAUGAGAACAAAAGCUGGCAUCACGGCACGCCAUCACAGAGCUGAUGAGCUGGAUCUCUCUCAUGGAGAACAUCAUAGACGAGGACCAGGACAAGUUUAUGGGAGCUGUAGGCUCUGAGGUGGUCCAGAACUUCUUGCAGAAGUAUAAGGGUUUCCGCAUUGAUCUGACCUGUAAGCAGCUGACUGUGGACUUUGUUAACCAGUCUGUGCUGCAGAUCAGCAGUCAGGAUGUAGAGGGAAAGCGCAGUGACAAAACAGACUUUGCUGAGAAGCUGGGAGCUAUGAACAGAAGAUGGCAGAUACUGCAGGGGCUCAUCACUGAAAAGAUUCAGCUAUUGGAAGGACUUUUGGAAGGUUGGUUAGAGCAUGAAAAUGGAGUCCAGGCCCUGAAAACCUGGCUCACACUACAGGAGGAGAAACUGAAGAAGCGACACAGGAUAGAGGAUGUAGCAUCGGUGCAAAAUGCACUUAAAGACUGUCAGGAGUUGGAAGAGUUAGUGAAGGAAAAAGAGAAGGAUCUAGAGAAAGCAGAGGAACGGGGAAAUGCUCUCAUUCAGGAUAAGAAAGGAGCAGCCUGCUCUGUUGUCAAGGAGACCCUCAAAGGGCUAAACCAGUCCUGGGCUCAUUUGGACCACAUGAUAAGUCAGAUGAAGGUUAGUCUGCGGUCAGUGCUGGAGCAGUGGACGCUGUACCGGCGAGCUUCAGAGGAGAUUAAUGGUUACCUGAUGGAGGGGAGGUACUCUGUGUCCAGGCUGUGCCUCCUCAACGGCUCUCUAGAGGCAGUGCAGCAGCAGGUGGAGAGUCUGGAGAACCUGCAGGAGGAGAUGGAUAAACAAGAGAGCAGUCUGAGGAAAUUUGGCUCUGUAACACACCAGCUACUGACAGAGUGUCACCCAUCUGUGGCUGAAACACUCAACAGAGCCCUCCGGGAUGUCAACAUUAGGUGGAACCGCCUACUAGAGCAGAUCUCAGAGCAGCUGAGGAGCAGUAAGGUCUUGCUGGGACUGUGGCAGCGCUACAGAACAUUAUACAGCCAGUGUGUGACGGCAGUCCAGAAACAGGAAGAACACGCUGAUCGCCUGCUGAAGAGCGCCACUGACAGGGAGAUCACAGAAGAGGAGAGCAGUGCCUGGAUAAAGGACUGCAAUAUGUGCCUUAGUGACCAGGCCUCAGUGCAGGAGUCUCUCCAGCAGCUGCAGGCUUUAGGGGAACAGCUGAAGAGCCAAGUCGAUGCCUCCUCCUCUGCAGCCCUCCAGUCAGACCACCUGUCACUCACACAUCGUCUGGCAACACUGGAGCACGCCCUUCACAGGCAGCAGGACAUAUUGCAGUCUGGAUCCCAGGCCUGUGAAGGUUUCAGAGAGCAGUUGGAAACAUUGAUACGUAAGGCUGAGGAGGCUGAAGAGGUGCUGAAGGAGCCUGACUCUGUCGGCUCACCAGAACUCACUGUGGUUCAGACACGUAUGGAAAAACUGAAGGUUCACCUGUUGAAGUUGAGCAGUCUUUCUCCAGACCUAGAGCGGGUUAACGAGUUGGUGUACAGACUACCGGUCAGUGACAGAGAUGUUAAACAGCUGCAGAGUCUCAACAGAGCCUGGGCCGCUCACUGCGCUCACCUCACUGAGAGGUUCAGUAAACUGCAGGCAGUGUUGCUCCAGCAUCAGAGUUUUCUCCAGAAGUGUGAGGCCUGGAUGGACUUCCUGUCUCAGACUGAACAGAAAUUGGCUGCUGAGAUCUCAGGCAACUACCAGAGUCUGCUGGAGCAGCAGAGAGACCAUGAGCUGUUCCAGGCAGAAAUGUUUAGCAGGCAGCAGAUUCUUUACUCCAUCAUUAGUGAUGGCCAUCGUAUGUUGGACCAGGGACAAGUGGAUGAUAGAGAAGACUUCAGUGUGAAGCUGGCCUUGCUGAGCAAUCAGUGGCAAUGCGUAGUGAGGCGGGCUCAGCAACGAAGAGGUAUUAUUGAUAGUCUGGUCCGCCAGUGGCUUAACUACCGGGAGAUGGCAGAGAAGCUGAUACGAUGGCUCCAGGAAGUGACCCAUGAUCCAGAUGUUCAUCAGCCAGGAGAAGCAGUGGCCCUGCAGCAGGCCAGAAACCUCUUAGAUCAGAUACAGACUCCCUUAGUUAACCUCUACCCCCGCUGCCAUGUGUCUCUGUCUGCACUCCUACAGCUGAGGGAGCGAGUUCUCCAGAGGCAGCAGGGAGGCUACAUCCUCACCGUGGAGGCCGGCAGGAGCCUGCUGCUGUCGGCCGACGCCAGGGCCGAGUCCACCCUGCAGACAGAGCUGAUGGAGAUUCAGGAGAGGUGGAGGCACGCCCACCACCGCCUGGACCAGCAGAGGAGGGAGCUGCACGGCCUGCUCAAGAACUGGGAACGAUGUGAGAAGGGCAUUGAUGCGUCACUGGAGAAACUGAGGGCCUUCAAAAGGAAGCUGUCUGUGCCGCUGCCUGACCACCAUGAGGAACUACACUCAGAGCAAAUUAGAUGCAAGGAAUUGGAGAGCAGUGUUGAAGGCUGGACUGAUGACCUCACUUCCUUGUUCCUGCUGAGGGACUCCUUGGAGGGCGUGGUCAGUGCAGAUGACAUCACUGUCCUACAGGAACGCCUCCAGCUGCUACAGCGCCAGUGGGAGGAGGUCUGCCACCAGCUUUCCCUGCGCAGACAGCAGGUGAGCGAGAAGUUGAAUGAGUGGGCCGUGUUCAAUGAGAAGAACAAGGAGCUGUGUGAGUGGCUCACACAGAUGGAGAGCAAAGUCUCUCAGAAUGGAGACAUCAGCAUUGAAGAGAUGAUUGAAAAACUGCGCAAGGACUACCAGGAGGAGAUCAGCGUAGCUCAGGAGAACAAGCAGCAGCUGCAGGUUAUGGGUGAGCGCCUGGCCAGGGCCAGCCAAGACAGCAAGGCGGCCGAGAUCCAACACAAACUCAGCAAAGUCAGCGAGCGCUGGCAACACCUGCUGGACCUCAUUGCUGCCAGGGUGAAGAAGUUGAGGGAGACCCUGGUCGCAGUGCAGCAGUUAGAUAAAAACAUGAGCAGCUUGCGUUCUUGGCUGGCUCACAUCGAGACAGAGCUGUCCAGGCCUAUCGUCUACGACACCUGUGACAACCAGGAGAUUCAGAGGAAACUCAACCAGCAGCAGGAGCUGCAGAGGGACAUAGAGAAACACAGCACAGGUGUGGCAUCCGUGUUGAACCUGUGUGAAGUGCUGCUCCACGACUGCGAUGCCUGCUCCACUGAGACAGAGUGUGACUCCAUCCAGCAGGCGACCAGAGGGCUGGACAGACGCUGGAGGAACAUCUGUGCCAUGUCCAUGGAGAGGAGGCUCAAGAUUGAGGAGACAUGGAGGUUGUGGCAGAAGUUUCUGGAUGAUUACUCCAGGUUUGAGGACUGGCUGAAGACAUCAGAAAGGACAGCAGCCAUGCCAAACUCCUCUGGAGUUCUUUAUACUGUUGCUAAAGAGGAGCUGAAGAAGUUUGAGGCCUUCCAGCGUCAGGUGCAGGAGUGUCUGACCCAGCUGGAGCUCAUCAACAAACAGUACCGUCGUCUGGCCCGCGAGAACCGCACUGACUCCUCCUGCCGUCUCAGAGAAAUGGUGCAUGAUGGGAACAAGCGAUGGGACAACCUGCAGAAGAGGGUGGCUGCCAUCCUACGCAGACUCAGGCACUUCAUCAGCCAGAGAGAGGAGUUUGAGACAGCGCGAGACAGCAUCUUGGUGUGGCUGACGGAGAUGGACCUACAGCUCACCAACAUAGAGCACUUCUCUGAGUGUGACGUACAGGCCAAGAUAAAACAGCUCAGGGCGUUCCAGCACGAGAUCUGUCUGAACACGGGGAAGAUCGAGCUGGUGUUCAGGCAGGGCGAAGCUCUGAUCAAGAAGAGCGAACCUCUGGAUGCAGCCGUCAUCGAGGAGGAGCUGGAGGAGCUGCAGAGAUACUGUCAGGAGGUCUUCGGACGAGUCGAGCGAUACUACAAGAAACUCACUCGUCUGCCUCUGGCUGACGACGAGCUCGACGGUUCAGACAGAGAGCUCGACAUGGAAGAAGGCGGCGACCUCUCCGAGCUGCAGUGGGGUGACUCCUCUUUGCCCCGCGCAUCCAGCCGCCAAGCCUCGGGCACGGCCACCCUCAUCCGGGCCGACCGCUCGGGAAGGGACACCCCGGCCAGCGUGGACUCCAUCCCGUUAGAGUGGGACCACGACUACGACCUGAGCAGAGGUCUGGAGAGCCCUGGAGGACGAGGCCACGGGGAGAGGAGCAGAGGGCAAGAGGAGGAGGAUGAGUAUCUGAGGACAGCUGCCACAGUGCUGUCAGAUGUAGUUAUCCCAGAGAGCCCAGAGGCCUAUAUAAAACUGACUGAGAACACACUGAAAUCGUCCUCUGGUGAGCCAGGCCACUUGGAGGCCAGUCUGAGACAGCUGGAUCAGGCUCUGGAUGCAGGACGGUAUCACCUCCAGCAGAGAGAGGCCAGCGCCAACCGCCCCAGCCCCGACAUCGACUCCACAUACAUGGGCUACAUGCGUCUGAUGGGAGAGUGUCGAGGCAGCAUAGACGUAGUGAAGAGAAUGGAGGGAGAGCUGACUGAAGACGAGGAUGACACGCCGGGACUCACUAACCCAACCAGCACAGACACUCAGAGCGCAGGUGUGAUCGAGCGCUGGGAGCUGAUCCAGGCUCAGUCCCUGAGCGAGAAACACAGACACAAACAGAACCUCCAGCAGUGGCAGCAGCUGAUCUCAGAUCUGCAGACCAUGAGGGCCUGGCUGGGUCAGUCUGAGGCUGAACUCAGCCAGCUCCGAGGGCUCGACCUCAGCACCGACAUACACACCAUCCAGCAGAGAAUUGAGAAGCUCAAGGAGCUGCAGAAGGGGAUGGAUGCCCACAAGUCUGAGGUCCUGUCCAUCAACCUGAGCAGCGCAGACUUCCUCCAAUCAGAGCCCGACUCUGAGGAGGCCUGGGAGCUGAGGGACAGCCUGAAGGAGAUGAACUCGCGCUGGGAUCGGCUCGGUGCCUCACUGGAGGACUGGAGGGAGGAGCUGCAGAGGGCGCUGAUGCAGUGCCAGGAGUUCCAUGAGAUGAGCCACGGCCUGCUGCUGUGGUUGGAGAACAUCGACCGCAGGAGGAACGAGGUGGUGCCCAUCCCUCCCAAAGUGGAUCGUGAAACUUUACGAGCUCAUCACAAAACACUGACGAAAAUCAAGCGUGAGCUGCUGGACUCGCAGCAGAAGGUGUCGUCCCUUCAGGAGCUCUCAGCUCAGCUUCUGGUCAACACUAAACCUCAGACUCAACUGCCGCAGUCACAGACCUCAGACCAGAUCCAGGCUCAGGGCAGCGAGUGUCUGGAGGCCCAGGAGAAGGUGCAUGUGAUCUGGAACAGGCUGAGGCUGCUCCUGAGGCAGGUCAGCUCAGACCUGGAGGAGCUGGAGAGGAGACUGGAGGCCACGGACACUCGGCAGCAUUGCUUGCCGUUGCCUGUUGGCAAAUCAGAAUCCUGUGAAUCGGCUUCUCCUGCAUCAAAGGUGACAGUCGACAGUCGGAAACGAUUGCCCCGAGGCAAAAGUAGUCAGGCCCACCCAGGACUCCCUGAGAGCGGCCCGCGCCACAGCCGGAGCAGAUCACCAGGCGCCGCUGGCUGCGUUUCCUCCCGUUCUGACCUUCCGGGCGGCGUCUCCUCAUCGACCUCCUCCUCCUCCUCCUCCUCCUCGAAGGGCCCGUCCUUCCUGCUGCGGGUCUUCAGGGCUGCGCUCCCCGUCCACCUGCUCCUCCUGCUCCUCAUCGGCCUGGCCUGCCUUGUGCCUAUGACCGAGGAAGACUACAGCUGCCACCACGCCAACAACUUUGCCCGUUCCUUCCACCCCAUGCUGCGCUACACCAACGGACCUCCACCCAUAUGAGGAGCAGCUGAAUAUCUACCUACUGCUUUGCCAAGGAUUCCACUGACUCCUGUGAAUGUUUCCUCCUCACCCUGUGCCCUAAAGCUACAAACUCCACCCCUGCUGGGGAGCUACAUGCAUUAUGAAGUGAUUCAGAGGUGAUGUGAAGAUUUCUCUCACUAACAUUGCACAGCCACUCGCCUGAAAUCACCUCAACCCUUUAAAACCCCAACUCUCCAGACUAAAUGGACCUUCAUCUGGAGACCCUCCCACCCUCCCCCAAUCCAAAUAUUUCAUGUUGUUUUAACUUAAAUGUGUAUAUUAUUUUUCAAGGUUUCUGAAGAAACCUGUGAAAUCAAUGAAAAACAAAGCACUAUUUAUAUACUCUAUGUUGGGAGCCAAAGUCCACCGUGCUUUUUGUCCAUGAUAUCCAGUGCUGCUACUAUUUAUUUAGUGUUCAAUCAGUUAAUAGAUUGUUAGUAUUAAUGAAGCUAAAGCACCACCAGUGUGGGACAUUGUGCUGGUAAAUUGUAGAGUAGACUUAAAGUUUAAAUAGUAUCAUUCAUAGUUUUAGAGGUGAAGAGUUUCUUUCCAGAAGACCAGAAGCACUCAGACAAAAUGUCUGUAACAGCACAGAAGCAAAACUCAACAGGAAGGAUGAAACAUAGUUUAGUGUUCUGUUUUUGUUUUUUUUUAACACGUUUCAGAAGAAUCUGCUUGAAUUUGGAAAUGAAGUUUUCACAUGAUGUUAAAGCUUAAACCUGAACCUAUAGCACUGAUAUGAGCACUGUCGAAGGUACUGCACUGAAGCCGUCCAGCCAAGAUGGCCGACUUCUUUCCCCAAAAGCCAAGGCUUGUUUUCCUGUUUUUAAUUGCAGUAUUUAAUCAACUGGAGCCGUUAAGAAAUAAGAAAUGAGCUCUUGUAACUGAUUUGUACAUUAUUGUUGAAAUGCCUUUGAAUACAGGCAGUUAUUUUUUUAUCUUUCUGUUUGAGCAUGCACUUGAAAGUCCCCUGCUUUUAAGAAAGCCAAACAAUCACUGGUAGUGUUUUAGUUGAUGGCUGUGACAUGAAAUAGAUAGUGUGCUUUGUAAUAACUGCGCUAAUUAUUCUGCAGUGAUGAGACACCAGAAUCACUGCGUUGUUAAAACAGAAUCUGUAAAAAAUGAUGAAAUAUGAAAAUGGUUAUUUAUGUAUGUACAGUUUGCUAAUGCCGACUUCAUGAAGAAUACUCUCUUUGCAAAUAAUAAAACAUGAAAUAUUUA